AUGAAUCAUAAAUUGUCUUUAUCUGCUUUCUUAAUACACUUUACCCAACUGGCACUAUGUGAAAUGCAAAAUGGAAUUACAACAGGAUAUCACGACAAGAGAGGAUUAAGAACCGCAAAUGAAAGUAAUCCGAAUAAAAACCUUAAGAUAAAUAAUGAAGAAAUUAAUCCUAAAGAUUUUUACCAACAAAAUAAGACGACCAUCAUUAGUAUUGGUGUAUUCUUGGUUCAUGAAAGGAUGACAAAUGAUGAUUUUAGGGUUUGGUUAACAAAAUAUUCAAAAUUUGCGGCAAUAAUGACAGUAUUCGCAGGAGCGGAUAUUGAAGCUCUGAAAUUACUUACCUCACAACUCGCUGGAUGUGAAAUGUUUAACGCAAAGUUUUCUUUUAAGGCUAACAGAUGGAUAUUAUGGGGUGGAGUUAUUAAUUCUCUUUUUGAAGAUUUACCCCAAUUUGUUAUUCAGAUUUUGUAUAAAGAGAAUACGGAUAAAGAUUAUUCGUUAAUUCCGUUCGUGACUCUCGUUACAAGUACGAUAGUAUUGCUCGUUGAUAUCGUAGGUCGAAUAUAUGAUGCGCUAAAUGGUUCGGAUUAUAGAACUGCUGAAAUGACGGCUCCAUUAAACACACGUGAGGUUCGUCAGAUACCAAGUGAAGGGUCCUCAUUUGAUAAUAAUGAAAACAUUAGUUUUGACGAAAAUGCUGAACCUUAUCAUAGAUAUUAA